GAGAUAGAGGAACAUAUGACGCCGAGUUUCUCUGCACUUCCUGUGAAACUCUGCUCAACAGAAAGAAACACAUGUCGGACAGACCGAACCCCGGCUGAGCAGAGAGAAGAGGGGGAACAGAUGAGCUGGUGACGGGUUUUUUCUCCCCUGCUGCACUCAGAUGUCCGUCCGGGCAUGACGCAGCACAGCAGGCAGACGAGCCGCCAUGGACGGUGCACCACAGCCUUCCCCAGCCAAACACUUUGAGCAGCUGUCAGACAUCCGAGCGGAGAAACGCCAGCACCUGCGUGGACGGAACAACCAGACGUCCUGCCGCAGCCCCACCAGGGAGUUGGACACCACGGAGAUAAAGAACAAACUGAAGGAGAAGAGGCACGAGGAGUUCCUCAGGAGGAGGUCGGUGAGUCCGGAGCCCAGGCCGACUGGCUGCUCGUCCGAGAGGAAACCUUCAGGAGGCACCAUGAGGCACCGGGGGUCAAGCAGCCAAUCAGAGACACUGCAUACAAACACACCGAAGAGGCCGGCCGCUAACGGACACCCCAGGAUGAUUCUGACGCCGAGCAGCAGCGAGACGGUCGAAGCUCCCGGCACCAGCAAACAGGAUCCGCCGGGGUCGGAGCAGAUCGCGGUGACCGUCCACGAGAAACCCCGAGAAAGGAAACAAGCAUCUACCUCGGCAGCAGACGAGCAGGAGUGGAGCCAGCACCGCGUGAAAGGCAGACCGAAGAAACAGAGGAGUCAAAAGGUCAACAUCCAAACAGAAAUGAUUUUCCAGAGUCCGUCGGUGCAGAGUCAGGUGACCAUUGAGAAGAAGAUCCUGGAGAACAGCAGCAUGCGGACAGAGCCCGGCUUUGUGCUGGUCAGAGAAUCGGACAUUGAGAGAUUAGCGAACUACUUGGAGGAGGCCCUGUGGAGAGAAGACUCGCUGAAGAAGAAGCUGGCGGCCCUCCAGCAGAGCACGUCUCUCCUCAUGAGCUCCUCUGACGCUGUCUGGACUUCUCGCUUCACUGAAGAUCUGCUGAGAAGUAAGAUAAAGGCUCUGGAGGCGCAGCUGCACGUCUGUCUGCAGAAGUUUCCCCCGGAGGGGAUGGAGGCGCUGGCGGUGCAGAAGGAGAAGCAGAGGGUGGAGUACGAGGGGAAGGCGCUGGAGGCCCUGCAGAGGGCCACGCGGGAGAAAGCCCAGGCCCUCAGCCGGGCCGAGACGCUGCAGGAAGCCGUGCAGCGGGAGACGGCCGAGGCUCGGAGGUGGCAGAGUCUUUACGAGGAGCUGAAGCAGAGCCAGAACGUCACCCACCAGCAGCUGCAGCAGCAGCUACACGGCCAGGCGGAGCUCUCCAGAGUCAGGCAGGACGAGCUGCAGCAGGAAGUGGCGUCACUCAGACAAGAAAAGCGAGAGCUGCAGUACAACAUGUGCCUGCUGGAGGAGGACAACCAGACUCUGAGAGAAGAAAUCCAGCAGCUCAGAGAUGUCAGCGAUGAGAGCCAGGACCUCUUCAUGCAGGAGUACCUGCUGUCAGAGCAAGCCGAGCCCCGGCUCAGCGUGAGGAGAGACGCCGGGCUGGAGGAGCAGCUCCGGCAGUCUGAGGAGAAGCUGCAGCUCCGGCAGAGAGAGUGUGAGGAGCUGCAGACGGAGCUGGAUGUGGUGAAGCAGGAGUGUCAGUCCAGCCAGGUCCGGCUGUCGCAGUGCAGAGAGGAACUCCGGAAACUCAGCCACCGCCGCAGGACAGGAACGCCGUGCGGGUCGCGGUGGAGUGUGUGUGUCGUGCUCUGGCUGCUGCUGGCCGUCGCCGGGGUUGCCAUGUUGUACCUGUGCCAUCCCCCGUUCAGGGAGCAGGCUGCUGACCUGUACGCCGACGUCUGGACCCGCAUUGAAGGUUAUCUGGUGGAAGCGGCCUCGUCUCCACACUCCCGCUGCGUCAGACCUAUAUGACCAAGAUUUAGACCUGGUUGUUGUUGUUUUUAUUUUUAAAUUGGAUUUUGUACAAAGUAGACUAAUAGUAUUUUUGUAUUCUUUAGUUUCGUUUUUUUUUUUUUUUUUUUUGUUUCAUACGGAACUGAGAGUGUGGUAUGAGAAGAGCUGUGUUUGUAUGUGAAAAUGUGUUCAUGAGUAAAACAAACUGAGUGUGAAUGUCGACUGAACACGUUGUAUUAGAAGAAUAAAAAGUGUUUUUUAUGUACUGUAAAUGGCUUGUUUAUUCAGCAGCACAUUGUUGUAUUAAAAUGAUUUGAAAGGACUGAUUAGUUUGCUUGAAUUUUGAACUGAACAUCAAUACAAUAAACAUCAAUCAAUAUGAAACUAGUCAAUUUUAAUAAAUAAAAAACAUUUGUUAUUUAAGUCCAGCUUUACUUAAAAAGGCUUUUUAGGAUCAUGUGGGACAGUUUUUCAUUUCAAUAUCAUUUAAUCACA